GAAGCUCAUAUAGGAGGCUCCCAGCAGAGAAGCGGCGGAGCGCGCAGCGGACCAGCUCGUUAACUUCCUAUGUCCCCUCCCCUCAUUCUUCAGCUUCAGCAGCAGCCUGACAUCGAACUACCGGCUAAAGAGAGGCUCCUCCACCUCCAGCACUCCAGACAGACUUAGACUGGUCGUCAUCGUCUGUUUUCACUCCGGAGACUGCGGAUUUUGUCCCUGGUUUAUUUCCCAGAGGAUAGGCUACUGAGAGUGCGCACCGCCUCCCCGAGACAAACUAAGUGUACGGACAUUAAGUCUGCUGUUAUAUUUAUUUUAUAGCUGGGGACUAAAAUCCUCUAGCCUUGUGUCGGUCCAGCCGUCUUCUCUUCCACCCCCCCUCCGGUUUAACUGCACCGGUCAGACUUGGAAAGAGCAACAGCCUCCACCGGCGCAUCAGUGAGGUAGAAAAGCCCAACUUUGAUCUGCAGUCAUGGAUGAGUGGGACGUACCCCAGAUGAAGAAAGAGGUGGAGAGCCUCAAGUACCAGCUGGCCUUCAAACGAGAGAAGUCCUCCAAAACAGUGACUGAUUUGGUAAAGUGGAUAGAGGACGGCGUCCCCGAGGAUCCCUUCCUGAACCCGGAGCUGAUGAAGAACAACCCGUGGGUGGAGAAAGGAAAGUGCAUCCUUCUCUAGAAGAAAAAAAA